AUGAAAAUUGAUAUUCAUAGCCACAUUCUACCUAAGGAAUGGCCUGACCUUAAAAAGAGGUACGGAUAUGGUGGAUGGGUACAGCUGGAUCAUCACUGCAAGGGACAGGCAAAGAUGAUGAAGGAUGGAAAGGUUUUUAGAGUUAUUCAGGAGAACUGCUGGGAUCCAGAAGUACGGAUUAAAGAGAUGGAUCUAUCAGGAGUCACAGUCCAAGUCCUUUCCACAGUCCCUGUAAUGUUCAGCUACUGGGCUAAACCUCAGGAUACUUUAGAUCUAGCCCAGAUAUUAAAUAAUGACUUAGCUGCUACAGUAAAAAAGUACCCCAAGAGGUUUAUCGGCUUGGGUACGUUACCUUUGCAAGCUCCAGACCUGGCUGUGAAGGAAAUGCAUCGCUGCGUGCAAGAACUUGGAUUUCCUGGAGUGCAAAUAGGAUCUCAUGUCAAUGAAUGGGACCUGAAUGCACCAGAACUGUAUGAUAUUUAUGCUGCUGCUGAACAAUUAAAUUGCUGUCUCUUUGUGCAUCCCUGGGACAUGCAGAUAGAUGGAAGGAUGUCCAAAUAUUGGUUUCCCUGGCUAAUAGGCAUGCCAGCAGAAACAACCAUGGCCAUUUGCUCCAUGAUUAUGGGAGGCAUUUUUGAAAAAUUUCCUAAGCUGAAAGUGUGCUUUGCACACGGAGGUGGAGCUUUUCCAUACACAGUGGGGCGAAUUUCCCACGGAUUCAAUGUGCGCCCUGAUUUGUGUGCAGUUGAUAAUAAGGUGGAUCCAAGAAAAUACCUUGGUUCAUUUUACACAGACUCUCUUGUCCAUGAUCGUGGUGCACUAAGGCUGCUAACAAGUGUAAUAGGAGAGGACAAAGUUAUUUUGGGGACAGAUUACCCUUUUCCACUUGGGGAACUGGAACCUGGAAAAUUGAUUGAUUCAAUGGAAGAUUUUGACAAUAAACUGAAG